AUGGAUCACUGUUCGCAGGACAGCGAAGCUGUCGUCGCUAUUCUUCAGGAUGUACUAAAACGGGUAAAGGAUGAACAUCAAUCCAUCGAGCGCGCAUUGCUACGCGCAGAUAAUGCCGGCUGUUAUCACUCGGCAGUUACUAUUUUGGCCUUACGGCAAGUCUCCAUUGAAUCGAAAGUUGAAAUUGAACGAAUCGACUUUUCAGACCCUCAAGCGGGGAAGUCAGCAUGUGAUCGUUAUGCAUCUGUCAUUAAAGGAAACGUUCGGCGUUAUUUAAACGAAAAGCAUAACGUAACGAACGCGGCUGAAUUUGUCGAAGCCUGUCACUCGUACAAUGGAGUGAAAGGUGUACAAGCGUUUGAAUGCCGAGUCACAGGAUCAUCUGUUCCAUCGCAACGGCUACCACGUGGAUUGGCUUUACCCAAGGAAAGAACUCAAACUCGUUUGAAUCCCGUACAAAUUCGUUAUCUAACCGACAAAUUCGAUCAGGGCUUGAAAGAGAAAAUCCGCUGGAAACCAGAAGAGGUGGCUGCUGAAAUGCAGCAGAAAAAACGGCCAGAUGGAAAGUUUCUAUUUUCAUCGGCUGAGUUCUUGAAAACCGGCCAGGUUAGAUCAUUUUUCUCGCGUCUCAAGAACACUCGAGGAAAACUAGGAGCUGUACAAGAAAUUGACGAGGAAGAUAAUGAGGAAUUCAAGGACGACCAAGUAAUGACUGAAGUGACACAGAGAUUCAGAAUACGAGACGCUAUGGGAACAAGGCAACCUCCGCCACAGCCGUCACCGUCUCUCCCAUCGAGAAAUCGACCGCUGUCGCCUGUUUCAUGUGUAGAAUCGAAGCCCCCAAUAAAAAACAUAGAUUGUAAAUUUUCAAGUGACCGCUUCGCUGGUGACCGCUUUCGCUGGCCUGGCAAAUCCUCUCUUAAUCGUUGGAUUAAGGUCGAUUCACAUACGAAUAUCGAAUGCCAUUUACCUCAACUUAUUCCUCUUGAUUAUAUUGAUCAUAUUUAUAUGUCACAGAAUACAUUCGAUUCGUUAAAUACUAAUGCACGUAAAGUUAUUGAUACCAUUUUUAAAAAUCGUAUUACUAAAACCUCACAUCAUAUUGAACUAGAUCAAAAUGCAGGAAAGCAUGGUCCAAAAUCCGAAUCAAAAGCUCGAGCAGAAUAUCAAGAUUUUGUUGUAAAUGAAUUAAUUGAAAAAUUUAGUCAACAUAACAUUCAGUCAACGUCUAGACCUGUUCGAGGUACUGUUAUAACGAUUCCGUCAACUGAUUUUACUGAUCAUUUUGUUUUACCUCUAACUAUUUCACAAGCAUAUGAACAAUAUAAAAUCGAUCAUCCACAAGUAUCGGCUGAUAUGACAGUUUAUAUUUAUUGGCAAGUCUUGAAUGGAGAUAUGAUGUUAACAUUAUCAAAUGAAGCAAUCGAUACAGGAGAAUCACAACUAAAUCUACGUUGUUUAAUAUGCUAUAUUGCUGAAAAACUUUCAACAAAAGAUAUUGGCUAUCAUAAAAAUGUUUCUUAUUUACACAGCGGUGGACUGUUUCAACAUGAAAUUGUUCUCAAAGAGCAAAGAUAUUUAGCCGGAUCAAAUGCAUUCUAUGUUGGCUGUAAUACCGAUGAUUUUAUGACCUUUUGUCUUGAAAUUCAACGUUCAACGUUGAUGGGUGACGCAGUGAUCUUUUUCUUAGAGAUACGUCUCGGGGAUAAUAUGAUCCAAAAGUGA